GCGUGGGCUGACCCGCGUUGCCGCGCGGGCUGCGGCAACCGUCGGCAGUCGGCGCGGCUUGGGCGGUUGUCUUGGAGAAGCAAGAUGGCGGCGACGGCGGCCGCGGUGGUGGCGGAGGAGGACACGGAGCUGCGGGACCUGCUGGUGCAGACGCUGGAGAACAGCGGGGUCCUGAACCGCAUCAAGGCUGAACUCCGAGCAGCUGUGUUUUUAGCGCUAGAGGAGCAAGAAAAAGUAGAGAACAAAACUCCUUUAGUCAAUGAGAGCCUGAAAAAGUUUUUAAAUACGAAAGAUGGCCGGCUGGUGGCUAGUCUCGUUGCCGAAUUUCUUCAGUUUUUCAAUCUUGAUUUUACCUUGGCUGUUUUUCAACCUGAAACUAGCACAUUUCAAGGUCUCGAAGGUCGAGAGAAUUUAGCCCGAGAUUUAGGAAUUAUUGAAGCAGAAGGUACGGUGGGUGGACCCUUAUUAUUAGAAGUGAUCAGACGCUGUCAACAGAAAGAAAAAGGGCCAACCAGUGGGGAAGGUGCACUAGAUCUAUCUGAUGUACAUUCUCCACCAAAGUCACCAGAAGGAAAAGCAAGUGCACACACUCCUCCCAGUAAGAUACCAAGGUAUAAAGGACAAGGUAAGAAGAAGCCAAGCAGGCGGAAGUCUGGUGCCAAGAAGGCCAGCAAUGAUGCUAGUCAGAGUGAUACCAGUAUCUCAUCAUCAGAAGCAAAGAGCAAAAGUAGUCUUCACUUACUGGCCCAUGAAACAAAAAUUGGAUCCUUGUUAAGCAACAAAAGUCUAGAUGUCAAAGACAAAGCUGGUCCUUGUCCAGAUGAAGAUGAUAUGGAAGGAGAUUCUUUCUUUGAUGAUCCCAUUCCUAAACCAGAAAAAACCUAUGGUUGGAGAAGUGAACCUAGUAAGCAAGUAGGAAGCCUUGCAUCGCUCUCGGACGCCCCCCCCUUAAAAAGUGGACUCAGCUCCCUUACUGGAGCUCCCUCAUUGAAAGACUCUGAAAGUAAAACGGGAAACACAAUUCUGAAAGAUCUUAAAUUGGUCAAUGAUAAAAUCGGAUCACUUGGUUUAGGGACUGGAGAGGAAGAUGACUAUGCUGAUGAUUUUAACAGUACCAGCCAUCGCUCAGAAAAAAGUGAGCUAAGUAUUGGUGAAGAGAUCGAGGAAGACCUCUCUGUGGAAAUAGAUGACGUCAAUACCAGUGAUAAACUUGAUGACCUGACACAGGACCUGACUGUGUCCCAGCUCAGUGACGUUGCGGAUUAUCUGGAAGAUGUUGCCUAGGCGAUGAAAGAAGGAAGUAUUCUAAUCGGCAAAGGGACAAAGGACUCUGAUCAGUUCUUUUUUUUUUAUCCUGGACAAUCUCUCUUUGCUGGAAUGUCUGCUCCCUGUUGGUGCCUGUGUUCCAAAAAGAUUACAGAUAUUAAAAAAAAUUAACUUUUGGGCUUCCCUUGUGGCGCAGUGGUUGGGAGUCCACCUGCCGAUGCAGGGGACACGGGUUCGUGCCCCGGUCCGGGAAGAUCCCACGUGCCGCGGAGCGGCUGGGCCCGUGAGCCAUGGCUGCUGCACCUGCGCUUCCGGAGCCUGUGCUCCGCAACGGGAGAGGCCACAACAGUGAGAGGCCCGCGUACCGCAAAAAAAAAAAAAAAAAUUAACUUU